UAUCGCGUUGGUGAGUGUUACUAAGAGGUACGACGUCAACUGCCGAGGCCUUCUUCCCUCUCCCGCUGUGGACAACUGCAGUCUGGCUAUCAGACCAGCCGAGUGUUUUGGUCUUCUCGGCGUGAAUGGAGCCGGUAAAACCACCCUAUUUCGCAUGGUAACUGGUCAGUUGGAUCCCACAGACGGCAAGAUCUUAGUCAAUGGUUAUGAUACUCUGAAACAGCAACGACUUGCUCAGCACUCUAUUGGCUACUGUCCACAGUUCGAUGCUCUUCCCGACUACCUGACCGUAAGUGAGACUCUUCGCCUCUUUGGACGUCUGCGUGGGCUUCAGGACGCAGAUCAUCUGGCCGUCGCUGUGGAUGACCUUCUUCGUUCGCUGCAAUUGGCAGAUGCUGCUGGCGUGUUGGUGCGCCACCUG